GCGCCUCCCUUCAACGGUCCCACCGCCCGCCCAGCGGCUGUGUCCUGCCACCUGUCUCCUAGGCACCGCGGGAAUGGAGGCCCUGAGCACGGCUGCGGGCAGUGCUGUGCCUGGGACAGCCCCGAGGACCACCCCCUCGGCCCCAGGCCCCGGGCCCCGCAGCACAGCGGCUGAGCCGGCCAGCACUCCCGGAGCCAGCCCCGCCUCCCCCAGCACCGGCCCCGGCCCAGGGCCCACAGGCUGGCGUCUGCCGCGCUGGGCCGUCGUCCUCGUCGCUCUGGCGGCCGUCACGCUCGGCGCUGGGCUGCUGGUGGGGAUGAGUGUCUGCCUGGGACACUUUCCCUCCCACUUGGUACACAGUGGCCCCAGCAUCGGCCUGGGUCUGGACCUGGACACGGGGCUGGGCCCUGGGCUGUUCCGCGGCGAGGGAGGUGAGCUGGCCCACGGAGGAGCACAUGGCUUUGGACACGGAGUGGGCCACGAGCUGAGCCACAGCCACGGCGGUCCUUACGGCAUGCACCACGGAGGGCAUCGUGGGCGCGGGGGAGGCCCUGACCAUGGCCAUGAAGUGGAUCCCAGACGAGGCCACUGGGGAAGCCAUGGGGCGGGCCCCGGGGGGCACCACCGCAGGACGCGAUGGCUAUGGCCCUAGACCGGGCCCCGGACACGCUCUGGGGAAAGGCAGUGUAUGUGGGAGGCGGUCCGGGAGGAGAAGAAGAGAAUGACCAUGGGAUGGUUAAAUGGGACAUCAAGAGACUGUUUUGGCUCAAUGGAUAGAGCAUCGGUUUGGGGACUGAAAGGUUCCAGGUUCGAUUUCGGUCAAGGACAUAUAC